GUUCGUGUAAUAUACCAUUUUGAUACAUCUGGAAAAAUUUAAAGCAGAAAUGUCUUUUAUGGGAACUACCACACGUGUCUCUCAUUUAAAAAGACAUAGUUUAGCUAAUAUUGAUAUUGGUACAAGAUUACCUCGAGAUGGCAGACGAGGAUCAACUUUACCAACUUUCUUACCAGCAUUAACAACUUCUGAUGCUUCGAACCGCCAAGAACAACUAGAAAGCAUCCAGACAGCCAUUAUUCAUUUGUUUCAAAAUAAAGGUUUGAGAGAAAAUGAACUGGGUAAAUUACAGGAAAAUGUCAGGUAUUUAUCAGAUACAGAAGCUGGUCCGUUGAUAUUUGAUUAUUAUAAGGACCAGUUAUUGAAAAAGGGUAUGGUUAUUUUAAGAGAAAGAUUGAAAAAUGAAAGAGGAGCAGAUUUAUUGAGAUUAUUGGGUGAUACUUGGGAUGGAUUCUUUAAAGAGAUGUUACCAUAUUUACAAGCAAUUUUAUUACCAUUGAAGAAUAUAGAGAGGUCAAUCAGAGAUGUUACUUUAUUGGAAUUUAGAAACAUCGUCUUGUUGAAAGUUAGCUCAUACGAUGCUUUGCGAACAGCGACAUUCAUUCCACCAAAUAUAAAACAAAUGUUACUGGUUUUACAAGGAGUUCAAGAUUGUGGUUUCUCAACAGAAAAUGCCUUUAACUUGGAAAAGCUGGUAGCAAUGGCUAUUGUACCUUAUUUGGGUAUACGAGGUUUAUAUAAUGGAUCGCCAGAGCCUGACAUUAUAUCCAAUAUGAGAUCCACUCCUAAAGUUGUCAUCACAACAGAGCCAGAAACAGAAGAAUCGGAAGAAGAAUCGGCAACGUCUCCUUACUCAACUUGGUCGCCAUCAACAAAUAAAAUACCAAAUCGUCUAACUAUAUUUCAUAAUAAAAAACUAGCCCCGGUGUUAGAAUGUAUCGACUCAUCUAGUCCCAGGCGUCAUAGCUUAAUAUCGUGACCGAUUUCAUUCCAGAGAGCAUAAAUACUGGGAAAUUGAGACGAUAGUGUGGCUAAGAGCUCCUCAAAUAAUUUGGUUAAGUUAGCAUUUUUGUCACUGGCAGUGCCUGGACAGUUGCCGCAUUUUAAAUUCAGCCUCGACAGUUGUCCGCCCAUUGAGUCAAUCUGUCUCCUGUCUCUGAUAUUUGUGCUUUUUCUAUUAUAGGCAAUUUAUCGACACAUUUUUCAAUUCCACGACCUCGACGACAUAUCGCCGGUGACUGAAGAAAUGCCAAGGAGCAAAGCUGUAAAUAACCUGUUAAUAAAGUUUUAGACAGGAUACUCUAGUCAAAAUUUGAGCCAUUUACCUUGCCAUUGUUUACGGAAAUUGGCAAUGUAUACUAAAUGUUAUACUUUAUUUUAAAACUAAUAUCAAUAGUUGUAUAUUUUUGUUACAUUGUUAUUUUGAUAUUAAAGACUAUUUUUCUGGGGC